AUGACUCUCUUCAUAAUCUUGGGGAUUUGCCUUUCUUGUUUGAGUCUUCUUUUCCUAUGGAAUCAGCACCAUGGCAAAGGGAAGCUCCCUCCUGGGCCCACUCCUUUUCCAGUUGUUGGAAAUAUUUUGCAAAUGGAUAUUAAAAAUACCAUCAAAUCUCUGAACAUGCUAGCGGAAGAGUAUGGCCCUGUAUUCACUGUGUAUCUGGGAAUGAAGCCCACGGUGGUGCUGCAUGGAUAUGAAGUACUGAAGGAAGCUCUGAUUGACCGGGGAGAUGAGUUUUCUGGCAAGAUGCAAUCACCAUUACUCUGUAAAGUCAACCAAGGAUUAGGAAUCAUUUUCAGCAAUGGAGAAAUAUGGAAGCAAACACGGCGUUUCUCCCUCACAGUCUUACGGUCUAUGGGGAUGGGAAAGAAAACUAUUGAAGACCGAAUUCAGCAGGAAGCACUUUGUCUGGUGAAAGCAUUGAGAAAAACCAAUGGGUCUCCCUGUGACCCAAACUUCCUUCUGGCCUGUGUUCCCUGCAAUGUGAUCUCUGCUGUCAUUUUCCAGCAUCGUUUUGACUACAAUGAUGACACUUUCAAAGGCCUCAUGAACAAUUUUCAAAGAAAUAUUGAAAUUUUAACAUCUGCUUGGAUCCAGGUGAAGUUCAGUUUUAUUUAUAUGUGGUGGUUUGAAUAG